AUGCCCAGUUUUUUCUCUUACCUUUUAAUCUUACUAUCGUCGCUUUACAUCUGGUCUCUCAACAAGCGUCUGAAGGGUCCUGCUCUCAAGGCACCUCUAUUGACACCAGAGCAAUUAGAUAAGGUGUCAUACGACGAAAUAGAUCUCACAAAAACUGUACCUCCAGCAACGCAGAAAGGCUAUGCUGUCGUGGGCGGUUCAGGUUUUCUCGGAACCUACCUCGUCCGUCUGCUUCUAUCUCGCGGCGAGACAAAUAUACGAGUUCUGGACCUUCGUCCACCUCCACCUGAAAUAAUAUCCAAUCGGUCAGUCUCAUAUGUCAGAACGGACAUCACAUCUGCCGUUUCCGUUCGCAAUGCCUUGUUGCAGCCUUUCGAAAGUACAGGGUCUCCACCAUCUGUAAUAUACCACAUGGCCGUCAUAAUUCGCUUCUGGGAACGCAACAGCUUUUCGUGGCCCAUAUCCUAUGGCAUCAACGUCGUUGGGACAAAAAACAUCAUCGCUGCUGCUAAACAGAUAUCUGGAGCUACCUUGAUAUACACAUCCACUGCAGAUGCUGUGCUUCACAGUGCAAAGUCUUGCCAUGUAGGUUUGGAUGCAAGUUCCAGCUCGAUUGUGGUCAACGACAACGCUAUCCCGUUAUCUUCGUGGGGGUGCCGUGAGAGUAAUUAUGCCAGGUCGAAAAUAAUAUCUGAGCGCCUCAUUGUUGAAGCCAACGGACAGAAAGGUCUCAAGACGGGCAUUAUUCGCCCUGGCUAUACCAUCACAGGUCCCAACGAUCGCUUGUGUACCAGUACCCUCAUGAUGCCCCGCGUACCUAUCUUUGGAAAACGAUUCAAACACACCAAUAUCUGCGCCUGGGACGCUGUUUCGGCUCACCUCUUACUUGAAGAUGCAUUAUGUCGUAUCCCUGAAGAAACGGUCGGUCAAGCGUUCCUGGUCACCGGUAAAUCACCGGCUUGGAGUAUGCGGGAUACCCGUGAAGCCAUCAGACAUUACUCCACUAAGCCCCUUAUUUUCGAUGAUGUGCCCGAGCUGGCGAUAUUCUUCCUGGCACACAUCGUGGAAUUCUUUAUAUAUCUGCGCUACUAUAUCUUAUUACCCAUAUAUCUUCUUUUAACGAGUCGUCCUCCUCCACCAGAGCCACGUUGGAUGGGUGAAUCUGUGUAUCUCCAACCAGCAACUCUAGAGUUCAUGGCUGAUAUCACCAUAGACGACUCUCGUGCACGCCGCGUUUUAGGAUACCAAGCACAGUGGACCACAGAACAGUGGAUUAAAUAUACAGUCGAUGAAAUACAAUCGGAUAGGAACCGUGGAGGUCACGGGCUACAGCUAAAACCGAUCGAAUAG